CACAAGUAACCAAUCAGAAGAUAGGAAAGUAGAGUCCCGGCCAUGCUGAUUUGGAUUGUGGGAUUAAACAAAGUAUCUGCUAUCACGUCGCUGAACUGUUUGUUUUCCAUAUUCGUGAACAUUUCAUGCCACCACUUCUCUGGAGACGGAGAAAUGGAGCACGUGCAUCUGGCAGUAGAGGAGGAUGACCUUUAUUCGGGUUACAACGACUAUAAUCCAACAUUUGACUCUGAUGAGUUGGAGAAUGAUGAGAGCUUCAAGCAAGCAGUGAGGUCAAGUCAUGGACGAAGACCCCCGAUGACUGCUAAAUUUCCUGGCACUUCCAUGGGAGCUAGGCCUAUAGCUUCUUCCUUUGGUACUCGGUUCUCUAUGGCCUCUUCAAUGGGCAGAUCCAUGACUGGAGCUAUGCAGGAUGGGACAGCCCGACCAAUGACCGCUGUCAGAGCAGCAGGUUACACAUCCUCCCUGACUCGUGGCUCAACCUUUGACCCUCUGGGCCAGUCCAGAGGCCCUGCUCCUCCACUUGAAGCAAAGAAUGAGGACACGCCUGAGGAGAAGAUCAAGAUCCUGGAGAGGAAAGUGAACCACCUGAUAGAAGAGAGCUGCAUGGCACAGAGCACUGGAGCCUUGCAACUGGCUCUUGAAAAAGCCAAAGAGGCAGGGAGGAAAGAGAGAGCACUGGUGAGACAGAGGGAACAGUCUGGCAAUGCGGACAACAUCAAUUUAGACCUCACCUACUCGGUUUUGCUCAACCUUGCCAACCAGUAUGCGAACAAUGAAAUGUACCCAGAGGCCCUGAAUACCUACCAGGUCAUUGUAAACAACAAGAUGUUCAAUAAUGCAGGCCAUCUGAAAGUCAACAUGGCCAACAUCUACUUCAAACUGAAAAACUACCCAAAAGCCAUCAAGUUCUACCGAAUGGCAUUGGAUCAGAUCUCCAACGCUCACAAGGAAAUGAGGAUCAAAAUUGUGCAGAAUAUCGGUAUGGUUUUCGUCUGCACGGGCCAAUAUUCGGACGCCAUAAUGUCUUACGAACACAUCAUGAGUGAGAGCCCCAACAUCAAGACAGGCUACAACCUCACCCUGUGCUACUAUGCCAUCGGUGAUAAGGAAAGGAUGAAGAAGGCCUUUCAAAAGCUCAUCUCAGUCCCUUUGGGCAUCAGUGAUGAAGAGAAGUACAUCCCAUCUAAUGAUGACGCCGGCUCAAAUAUGGUCAUCGAGGCCAUUAAGAAUGACAAGCUUCAUCAGAUGGAGAGAGACCUAAAAGUCCUGGCUGAGAAGUACAUCAUGACCGCAGCCAAGCUCAUCGCUCCUGCUAUUGAGACUUCUUUUGCAGCUGGAUUUGACUGGUGUGUGGACAUGGUGAAAAGUUCUCAGUAUGUGGAGCUUGCCAAUGAUCUAGAGAUAAACAAAGCUAUCACCUACAUCAGACAGAAGGACUUUAACCAGGCAAUGGAAACUUUGAAGACAUUUGAGAAGAAGGAUAGCAGAGUGAAGAGCGCUGCAGCCACCAACCUCUCUUUCCUCUACUUCCUGGAGAAGGACUAUGACCAAGCCAAGCGAUACGCUGACCUCGCUAUGAAUGCUGAUCGCUACAACCCAGCAGCGCUUAUCAACAAGGGCAACACAGUCUUCGUCAAACAGGACUAUGAAAAGGCUGCAGAGUUCUACAAAGAAGCACUAAGAAAUGAUUCCUCCUGCACUGAGGCCCUCUAUAACCUGGGUCUAGCCUAUAAGCAACUAAAUCGUCUGGAGGAGGCUCUGGACUGCUUCCUGAAGCUCCAUGCCAUUCUGCGGGACAGUGCCCAAGUCAUGUACCAGCUGGCCAGCCUUUAUGAGCUUCUGGAGGAUCCCCAACAGGCAAUCAAGUGGCUGAUGCAGGUCAUCAGUGUGACUCCCACCGACCCCCAUGUACUUGCCAAACUGGGAGAGCUACAUGAUGGUGAGGGGGACAAGUCCCAGGCUUUCCAGUGCUACUCUGAGUCCUUCAGGUACUUCCCUUCCAACAUUGAUGUGAUUGAGUGGCUUGGAGCUUACUACAUCGAGACACAGUUCUGUGAGAAAGCCAUUCAGUACUUUGAAAGAGCCACACUUAUACAACCAACUCAGGUGAAGUGGCAGCUAAUGGUGGCAAGCUGUUACAGAAGAAGCGGAAACUACCAGAAAGCUCUGGAAACAUAUAAAGACAUCCACUGCAAAUUUCCUGAAAAUGUGGAAUGUCUGCGUUUCUUGGUGAGGCUUUGCACAGACAUAGGAUUGAAAGAAGUCCAAGAAUAUGCUACCAAGCUGAAGAAGGUGGAGAAGCUGAAGGAGAUCAGAGAACAGAGGGUGAAGUCGGGGCGGGAAGGCAGUGCCAGAGGUCGGAGAGAAGGCAGAGAGGGCAGCGCAGGGAGUGCCGAUGUCUCCACACCUGUUGUCACCUCUCCUAAGAAAGCCAGCAUCAUGGGCAUAUCAGAGGAUGUCAAAGCAGACAGCGGCCGCAGCAGCAGCAGCAGCAGCACUAAAGGAGAGCGGCUGAGUGCCAGGAUGAGGUCACUUCCUCCUUCCAGUGAGCCCUAUGACGGCAGCAGCCCAAAAGAACUAGACGCGUCUUAUGUCGACCCACUGGGGCCUCAAAUGGAGAGACCAAAGACAGGGGUCAAGAAGCGUGUGGAGGAAGAUGAUUUUGCAGAUGAAGAGCUGGGAGAUGACCUGCUGCCGGAAUAGCUGCUUCGACCAUCUGCCUUCACUGCAGAGUGCGACUGAUCUUAUCUUUUGUCACUUGUGCAAGGCAAGGGCACAAAGUUUCACAACAAAAGCAAAAGAUUCACAAAGAUUUUGCAAAUACCAAACAUUUCACAAUAAACACUAUUGUUCAUGGAAA